AUCUCUCCCUUUAAUGGUUUUCAUUCACUUGUCUUUUUGUCGCAGAUUAGCAGUUCUUCUGUGUCGUAUGCUUUGGGAAUUAACACAUUGGAGCAUGGCAGCUUUUCCAAAUAAGUUUUGGGUGUUGAUUUUCCAGUCAGCUGAAGACUGCUUCACAUGAUUCUCAAGAAAUUUGCCUACGGUAAGCCUCCAGGAAAGGCCAUAAUAAAUGAAUGGGUAUAAAUUUUGUACCUGCAUCGCAUAGCAUAUUCUUGGCAAACAUACCUCAGUGUGCCUACACCUUAUUAUAAAAACUGUCUCCUUCAGACAUGUUGAUACUCAUGCAAAUCUACAUGGUGGUACACCACAGCAAGUGCCUUCCUUCCAUGUUGCAUCAAGGACAAAAUAUGUCUCAAGUUUAAAAAUGUUUCUGAUUGUGGGAAACCUGGUAAGUCUAACAAUGUCAUGGGUGUCUUUUUGUAGCUUGCCCUGGGACCACAUGAAUGGCAGACAUCUCCUGACUGCUUCUGUAAUUUCUGUUCAGAACUCUAACUUUGUAUUUCCUUCGUGUCAAAACUGCUUUUCCAAGCUAUACCUAGAUCUUAAAAGGUACAGUUGCCUAAAAUGUGGGUGCUCAGGUGACACAAAGGAAGCAAACUAUAGAUACCGACUUUCCUUGGAAGUAGCUGACAUUCGGAAUGUGUUUGAGGUGACAGUAUUUGGAAGCUGUUUGGAUACUUACUUUGGAAUCACAGCAAAGGGCCUGCAGAGGUACAUUGAAGAAUUGAACCAAGAAGCCGGACAAUCGGACAGGGAUGGAACUCCUGCAGUGGUAUUUGAAGCAGUUGAAAUCUGCUUCGUUGGGAAGAAAUUCAUAUUUGGAGUUAAGAAUUCUGCCAAGCCAGAUGAUGCCACCUCCUUGCAAAAUGACUUCCGAAAUGCCAGAGCUUUCACAGCCUGUCAGAUGCUUAUACCAGAUUCUGAGCUGGUGGGCUACACUGUCAUCCAGUUGCUUCAGCAGCAUCGAUGUUCUAGUUUCAAGCGCAGUCCCAGGAGUAUUUGGCCUCCAGAUCUCUUCAUGGCUUUCGGUCAGUCAAGUGCAGAGCUCAGUAGCUUGCCCAGUUCUGCAGGCUUGGGUAUGGUUCCUUUAAGUCCCAUAAGUAGACUUCCUGGUCUGUCCCCUCUGUCAUUUGGGCUGACUUCCUUUUCACUCACUACAGAAACAUCAGCAGAUCCUACAGAUCUAAAUUCAAACAAGACUGCUUAUGAAAAGCAAAACUGGGGAGAGAGUCCCUAUUCACUGGAUAGCCAAUCUACCUCUAACCCCCGGGACCAUAACCUGAUAAUCAAUAAGAAAAAUGAAUGGGAAAUGAGGAAGUGUCACUUGUAUACUCUUCAGUGGGACCAUGCCACUGCAAAGAGUGAACCACCAAGCUGUUCCUUCUCAGGAAGAAAAGACUCUAACUCAUUGCAAUGCCCCCCAGAAUUAGAGGAGAAAGACUCUUCCAGCAAAAUUGACAUCCAGCAUCACUAUGGUCUGGAAAAAUCAUGGAAUUCUUUGCCUCUGCAGAGAAACACUUCUCUCUGUCCCCUUCCUUUAUCUUCCAGUCACACAACAGCAGAUGCUCUUUGGGAUGAACUGCCAUCUUCUGAAAGUUUAAAUGAAUUCAUCGCCAGAAUCGAGAAUGACAAGGCCAUGGUGCAGCCACUGAAGGCUAAUGCUUGCCAGCAUUUUCCCAAUAAUGGGGUUGAUGAGUUCUGUCAACAUUUUGACCAGUCUUCUAAGUCAGGCAUUUUCAGUGGCAGUUUCAAGGCUGGGAGGACGGAUGCGAAGUUGCAGAAGCAAGCUGAAAAGGUGGAAAUGGGCAAAAGAAACAUUCUCGCCAUUCAACAAGUAAAUUUGUUUUCACGCGUAAGUAGUGGAAAAUCUCACCAGGAAGCUGUUUUUAAUUCUUCAUCCAAGGAAGCAAAUGAGAAAUUUAAGGAUCUAUCCAGCCAGCACCCAGUUGUCUUGCCUCACUCUUCUCCAGCUGGAGUUAAACCUUGUCAUGCGAGGGAAAGUUGUCAGUCAACCAAGGAAGGAGUUGACCAAGAUGUUAGUAGUGCCAGGAAUCUCCAUUCCUCUGCCAUUUGUCUCCCCAGUAUAUCUACAAAUGCCCACUCAAACUGUAGACGUAAUGGUGAUUUAGCCAUCACUGAUCUCACAAACAUCCAGGAACAGCGUUGCUCCCCAACAGUCUCUGAAAAGUUAGUUGAAGCUUGUGAGGGAGAGAGAGAACUGAUCCCAAAGGUGCAAAAAUAUAAUUUUCGAGUAAGUAACGUCAGCAGUUUGCCACAGGACUGUCCCAUGGAUAGUUACAAUGCUUCAGCAGAUCUCUUUGAUGUCGGGCCCAGGGGGACAGAAGACACUGUAGGAAAUUUGAACUUGUCCCAAACAUUUUUGGCACAGGAGCAUAGACUGACCCCAAAGUGUACAGCAUCUGGAUCCAUGCCAGGUGAGCUAGAUGCUUGCUGGAAUACUCACUAUAGAUUAUCCUCAUGCAGUAUGGUCACUGAUCUCAACCAAAAACCUAGCACUCCGGUUGACAGUUCAAUAUCUAAUGUGGAGUACAGUCUUUUGGGUACCCUGGGCUUUGUACCAAAUUCCCAGUCCACUCCCUGUACCAGAACCUGUCAACAAGUAAGGCUGUCUAGGAGGAAAGAAUCCAAUCUCCAUGAAAUGCCACUGAACCAAUUACCUUGGAUCAGUGCCAAAUGCAAAAGAGUCAGUUCUUCCUUGAAAAACCCCCUCUCAAAACAUCUGGUCAGCAUGUUCCUGCAAUCCAGAAGGUCAAGCAGUGUAAACUCUGCUUCUGCAGAUGCAGCUGAUCCUCAGCAGCUUAUCAAUGGCUGCCCAGCCCUGCAGCUUUCUGAAAAUGAUGGUGAAGAGUGGAUUUCCCCCUCACAGAAGAAAUGGAUACAGCCACUAGGAAAGAAGUUGAAGAGGAGGAGGAACCUGCUGUGGAACAAUCCUGACUCCCAGAUCUCAGAGUGUUCUCCUUCUGAAAACUUACUGAAGUAUGGAAUUCCAAGUUGUUCUAUCAGAUCAGAAGGGGUAGCAAUUACUCCUAAAAGGCAAGGUCCAGGUGAGGUUAGAAUUGGGAGCCAGCCCAUUCAUGAAUGUAGUGCAAAUCUCAACCAGCCAAUGAAAGAAUCCGCUGGUUUUUGUGCCGUUGCAGAUGGAGACAGGUUGCAUCUGUCUUCCACACGUCAACCCAUGCCUGAUGCUCCAAACUGGUCUCCAGAACUGUUUUCAGAUAAUUGCCAGCUUCCUGACGGGGGGCUGUUCGCACAGAUCCACCCACUUGAAUGCAAACUUUCUUUUGAAACAUGAUCUUCCCAUUUGCCCCUUCUACAUCAUUUCACUAGUUAAAUAUUUUUCUUGAAGUGACGGGAAUGGGAAAGGGCUCAUUUUUCCUCUAAAAAAAUAUAUGAAUGCAUAUUGUUUGUAUCCCUUUUGGCACUUUUAAACAAUGAAUUACGUCUUGAGCAUUAAA